UCUGAACGCGGUGUCUCUGUUUACCUGCCGCUGGCUCUCUUUGUCCGCUCCGAGACUCACAGCGGCAGAAAGGAGGACAAUGUCCGCCGUGCAGCUGCUGCGGGUGUCGGUACAUGAGCGGAUCCGCGCGGCCGCUGAACACUUCCUGCUGCGGCUGGAGAAAGGAGAAGAACCGGCUCGAGUCCCGGCGCUGAGAGCGAUGCUCACCGAGCGGCUAACGGCGGAGAUCGUCGCUGUGUUUGAGGAAACCGUGGCGGAGUACGAGGACCGAGUGGAGCGGUCCGAGCGGGAGGUCUGCCGCCAGAGGAGGCUGCUCGAUGCCGUGAUGAAGCCCGAAGUCCGGCUGCACAGAGCAGACGUCCAGCAGCUGGUGCUGAGUAAAGCAGAGGUUCCCCCUGAGCAGCAGCCGUGGAGCCCCCUUGUGGACCAGGAGGACCCAGAGCCCCCCCACAUUAAAGAGGAACAGGAGGAACUGUGGACCAAGCAGGAGGGAGAGCAGCUUCAAGGAGUGGAGGAGGCUGAUAUCAAGUUCACAUUGAUUCCUGUCGCUGUGAAGAGUGAAGAAGAUGAAGAGACACCUCAGUCGUCACAGCUUCAUCAGAGUCAGACUGAGGAGAACAGAGCAAACUGUGGAGAACCAGAACCAGCCAGGAACUCAGGUCCUGAGGGGCAUUUAGAACCAGGUCCUGAGACUGAAGAGUCUUCUGAGACUGCAGACAGUGAAGGUGAUUGGAUGGAGACCAGGGAACCUCAGCCUGUAAGUGACACAGACCAGAAACCAUUCAACUGCUCUGAGUGUAGUAAGACAUUUAGUAGAAAGGACUAUCUGAAGACACAUGUUACAGUUCAUACUGGAGAGAAACCUUUUAGUUGCUCUGACUGUGGUAAUAGAUUUACCCGAAAGGAACAUCUGAAGACUCAUAUGAAAAUUCAUACUGGAGAGAAACCCUUUUGCUGCUCCGAGUGUGGUAAAAGAUUUCGGAUAAAGGGAGAAAUGCUGACUCAUAUGUCAGUGCAUACAGGGGAGAAACCAUUUAGUUGCUCUGAAUGUGGUAAAAUAUUUAGGCUAAAGCGCCAACUGCUAAAACAUGGGACAACUCAUACAGGAGUGAAACCAUUUAGUUGCUCUGAGUGUGGUAAGAGAUUUGGUCAAAAGGAAUAUCUGAGGUCACACAUGAGGAUCCAUACAGGAGAGAAACCCUUCAGCUGCUCUGAGUGUGGUAAGAGAUAUCAUCACCAGGCUGGUCUGCAGGCACACAUGAGGAAUCACACAGGAGAGAAACCAUUCAGCUGCUCUGAGUGUGGUAAACGAUUUAACCAUAAGAGCCGUCUGCAGAUACAUGAAAGGAUUCACACACGAGAUCAACCCUUCACCUGCUCCGAGUGUGGUCAAAGAUUUAGUUACCAGGCCAAUCUGGUGGCACAUCUAAGAAGUCACACAGGAGAGAAACCAUUUAGCUGCUCUGAGUGUGGUCAAAGUUUUAGCCGAAAGGAUAGUCUGCAGAUACACGCACGACUUCACACAGGAGAGAAACCGUUCAGUUGCAGCAUUUGCAACAAAAGAUUUAGUUGGAUUUAUCAGCAAAAGAACCAUCAGUGUAUCGGUGAGACUUCAGAGCUUCAUCAGAACCAGAGAGAGGGGAGCAGAGAGGACUGUGGAGGACCAGAACCAGCCAGGAACUCAGGACCUGAUUGGUCUUACUCUGUAAAGACUGAUGAAUCUUCUUAAGCAGAGACUGAAGACAGGGAAGUUGGUUAGAAGUAGACAAUGGAACCUCAGUCUGGUUUAAACACAGACACCUACAAACCUCCUGUAGGUGUUAAAGGGGACAUAUUAUGAAAAUUCCACUUUUGUAGUGCUUCUACACAUUAAUGUGGUAUCUGGCAUGUCUACCGUCCCAAAAACUCUGGAAAAAAACAACUCCCGCAAUUUGUUGUGGUUCCUCUAUGUCAGAAACUUUACGCUAGAGUGCGUCCAAUGGGAUUAUGACCGAAAUAACCGUCAUAGUCACACCAUGCCCAUGUAGGGAGUCUCGCUACAUGGCCUUGGACGAGCGAGCUAACGCUAGCCGGGCUCCACCGGCCCGGCUAGCGUUAGCUCGCUGCUGCUACCCGUCAGACAUCUAAGUGGCCGCAUCAACAUGGGACCCCGGAUCACCUCUAAACGUUGACUCAACAGUGUGGAAGGAUGCUGCUGCUGGGCCAGCUCAAGCUCCCACUGCUCCCACUGCAGGGCUGCGCUGGGGAGCUGGGGCUCUCGCAGCAAGGCUCACCAGGGCUGAGGGGGGGGCACUCAAAACAGGUCAAUCUGAGGAGGGCUGUUUUAGACAGGGUAAAAAGGUUUUAAAUGAUCCUUGUGGUAUUUUGACCAAAAUAUUUUACAGACAUUUCAUUAAGACCCCAAGGAACCAUAUCAACUGUGGUGAAAUGGGCAUAAUGUGUCCCGUUUAAGAGAUUCUUUGUUCUCCAAAGUGUAUUGACAAAACAAUGUAGUGACCCGUAUGGGGCUCGAUACUGUUGGUAAUUGUUUACGAUUGUGCAAUAUUCACCUUCUGGGUCAUUGUCUCGCUUUUUCCACGUCUUGUCAAAUUAGCUUCUAUUUCACGACCAUCUUCACUUUCAUUUUACUGAGGUUUGAAUCUGACCCUGAGCUUUGUGGAAAGAGAGAAUUUAGCCGUAGAGAACUGUGGUUUUUGAAUUUCUUCAUAUCUCUUGUGAAAAUACCUCUUAACUGAUGUUGCUGGAUUUUGUUGAUGCUUGGAAUUGGCUUAAGUAUUUGGAUCUUAAACAAAAUGGAAUACAUGUAUUCAUAUGUAGAUAAAUUAAAUUUGGUAAAAACACUUUAA